UCUGAUGCUGUGUUUUGUUUUAUUAACUUCCUCUCUCUAUUUUCUUUUUCCUUUUUUCAUCUGUCCAUUAACCCCUACCCCCCUGUACCCCUUUAGUUUUUGUUCCUCUUUUUGUUUUUCUCUUUAGCAUUUAUUCUUUGGCCUUAAUGAUACUGACUCUGGACCCACAUCAGGUGUUUCGGUGCUGUGGAGACAAGUGAGGACUAACAAAAACUUUGUUUUUUAUGCAUCUGUAGACAGCCAACGAAAACCCUAUGGCCUUUUUGAUAAGUGUGCACUUUUGCAGAAGAACCUUACCUGGAAUGCAUUUGAAAUUGUGAUAAAUAACCUGAUAGACAUGAAAUUAAAGUGAUAUUUAUUUAUAAAUAACAUUUACUGAUGAUAUUCCUGGACCUGGAACAAAAUAACUCCUCUGUGAGAAGCUAACACAGAUAUACUGAGAGAAAACUCUGAAUCAGAGGAUUUAUUAAAGGGAGAAGAGCCACAGUCUGAAAUGAAGCAAUGCCCGGUUGGAAAAUCAAACAAAAGGGAGAGAGAGAGAGAGAGAGAGGGAGUAGAAGAGGAGUGAAAAGUACAUGGCCGAGCGAGGAACUGAGCAAGAAGAGUGCCAACUGGAAAUAAAGGAUUUUGGCAGAGUCCAGUGUCUGUACCGUAUCCAAGGAAACAACAGCACAACCAAGUUCACAGAGCCGAAGCUGAACUUAUUGGAAGCUCAUGACUGCAUUGAGGAGAUAUAGCUGUGAUAAGCGGAGCUAAAAAUCAGGUGAAACUCCUGGAUAUCCACAGGAUACUCAAUCGAGGAUCACAUGACCUCAUCAGACAGGAGGAGUACCGUAAGCAGUUCUGGAACCACAGUAAUGGACUCAAUGAGACCAAACCACCAUCUGAACUAGGCAACAGAGUGAAGGUCCUGAGAUAGUGAAGCAGCCCCCUCCAGAAUGACAAGUACCUUAGGAACAGGAUCAGAGAGCUGAAGAGCUCAGAGAGGAGUCUACUGCUGCAGCUCUACCAGCUAGCCUCUGUCGCCCAACUCCUCAGCAUGCAACACUUAUCCCAGAGGCUGGACCAGAAACUCCACAUGCUCAGGGAGGAGGUCAGGACGAUGACUCAGGACAAGGAGCGAGGGGAGCAGGUUUGGAGGGAGCGGCUGCAGCGCUGUCAGAGGCAGCUGAAGGCCAAAGAGGACGAGAUGAGUCGCCAGUCCCAGUACUUUGAGACCUUUAAAACCCAACUCCAGCAAAAGCUCAGCCUGGCCCGGGACAAAGAGCAGACCCUGCAAAACAGAAUCUACACUUUAGAAAAGCAGCUCCUGGAAAUGACUGUGAGUGCCGCCACUGGCAUAACGGGGAAAAGUGCAGUCAGAAUCACUGCUGGGACAGUGACACGCUGGGAAGAACAGGAGAGGCUACCUCCCAUGAGAGGAGAGGGUGAAGGAGAGGAGGAGAGAAAGGAGGAGAAGAGGAAGCAAUGGCAGCCAAGUAAUGGUAAGACAGAGAAGAACAUACAAGAAAAUCAGAACUCAAAUGAAGUCAGGCUACAAGGCUUCAUCUUGAGCCUACAGGAGGAUCUCCAGGUGCUGCUGGAGAGAGAGGAGCAUGGGAUGACACAGAGGAGGGGGCUGAUGGAGCAGCUCCAGGGGGCCCAGGAGAAAAGUCACUUCUUGGGCUGCACGGUGGAGGAGAUGAAGGUCGAGUUGAAUCGGCUGAAGCAUUGUGAAAGCUGCUUGUUGGAGGAGGUGGAAGAGCUGAGAGAGGAGAACCACAGACUCUUGCAGGUCGUCAGAGAUGCAGCUAACCAAACAUCCUGCCGGUUAUCUGAAAACGCUGAGUCCACGUGUCUCGACCCCGGGACCAGCUCGCCCAGCUGCAGCCCUGCUGAUUGUCCUGUGCCCUCCAGUAUUCUACAUCCCUCAGAGUUGAGCUCUGAAGAAGUAAAUCGAACCUCAAAUGGGGAAAUGGGCUCCCUAACUCCCCUGCAGUCGCACAUUUUCACCACCAGGCUACAGCAAAGCGCACACAGACAGCUACAGAGGAUCACUUCCCAUUUGCCAAAUCAGACACGUCACCUAAAGAUGACGUUCUGAAGCACUUCAGCCAUAUUAGCUCCAAAACCGACCCCAGCCUCCAGUCACUGUCCUUGACUGCAGAGACAGUUGAUGAGUUUAAAAUUGGCACCUGGUGCUCCAGAGGGAUCCUUAACCUGGAGGAAAGCCCCAGUGAGGAAUCGGAUGCCCUGAGGGAAGCCUACAGGAGCUUGGGGUUUGGAGAUGAUCUUCAAGCACUUAAAGAACAACGUGAUCGCCUGGAGGUGGCCCUGCAGCACACGCAGGAGCAGCUGCAGGUGAUGACUCAAGAGAAUACUCGAUUGAAAAUAAAACUGAGGAAAGAGGAAGACAAACAAGAAGCAGAGGACGCUUCAAAAGAAAAGAUUAACACUUUACUCUCCAGUGGUGGAGCAGAAAGUAACACCAGUCUUGCCCUUGCUCAGGAUGAUCUUGUCCAGGCUCUCAAUCAGGAGAACAGGGCUUUAGCGGACCGGAUCCAGGAGCUUCUGGCUCACAUUGAGCUAAGAGAAGAUAAGAUUAAGACUGAGGAUACACAGCUGAGGAAGCAUAUUUACAAGCUAGAGGCAGAUGUUGCCAGAUUAGAGCAGGAAAACCAGGAACAUGGAGGUUUGAUUACCGAACUCACCAAGAAGACUGAGGAUGAUCUCAACACCAUCAUGGAGAUGCAGCAAAGACUGGAGGAGAGUGGACAGCAUACGGAGGAAUCAAAGGUUGAAAAGGACUUGCGUGGAUCUCAAUUGCAGAUUGAAAACACGGCUGUAUUAUCAGGAUGUUUUCAAUUAUAUGACCAAGAAAAAUCUGUUGAAAAUGUGGUGGAAAGUGUGCUUAAAGAGGACAAACCAAAGCUGAUGUCCAAUCAACAUCCAGAUGAUUCAACAACAGCUACAGUGCCUCAACAAAUCAAUCACUAUGAUCUGUUCAGAACCGCCAGCAAACCAUCUCUGUCCAGAGCCUCAAAACAGAACAAGAAGAACUGCUGGAUGACAUAAAUUCUCUCAAGAGCAGCAGAGAGAAGUAGCUCUCUCAGUCAAAACACAGACAGAAGUGAAACAGCAGUUAACCCGGACAGUUUGGGGGCUGAAGGAGGAGAAAGACAGCAUCGCUCAGUGUUUGGCAGGUGUCAGACAGGAAAAAGAGCAGCUCACCAGGACUGUCUGCGGGCUGAGAGAUGAAAGAGAUCAGUUAAUAAAAUCUACAAGUGACCUGAAAGAGGAGAAAGAGCAGCUAGCGAAGUGUUUAUCUGGUCUCAAGUCAGAAAACAAGACACUGCUUGAAUCUCUCUUGAGUGAAAAAGAAGAGAAAGAUCAAAUCAUGCAAUCACUACAAAGUUUACAGACAGAAAGGGAGCAGUUAAGCCAGACGGUGCUCGAUUUAAAGAUUGAGAGAGAUGGAUUAAUGUCUCUGAAGGAACAGAGAGACAUGGAACAAUCAUUUUACACUUUACAAGAAGACCAGGACAGGUUAAAACAAUCAGUUUGUAGUUUAAUGGAAGAAAAAGAGAGGAUUGAGCAGUCAGUCAUUUGUUUAAAACAGGAAGAAACACAAACAAAGAUAUUACUACAGGGCCUAAGAGAGGAACGAAACAGCCUACAAGCUGCACGCCACAGCCAAACACAAACAGAGGGGAGGAACCAGCAGCAGCUUCUGAUGAAUACAAACAGUGCUGAUGAAACUGCUGUUGGGACAGGAGCUACACAACGAUGUCAGACUGAAGCCCACAGAGGAAACAAUAUGCAGAGGCUGCACAAUGAGAUGCAUCAAACGGAGGUCAGGAGCGAGAAGGACGAGAGAAAGGCAGCCCAAGAAGCUGACAACCUGAUGUGGCUGACAGAUAUAGCCAAUCAGAUGGAAGAUACCAGAAUGGAAAAUGAAAGCCUAAAGACCCAGGUGAACGAGCUGCAAGUAAAGUGACAGACGUGGUCAGGGAGAAGACUAAAGCUUUGUCACUGAAGGCACAAAUAGAGGAGCAACACAACAUGCUGACAGCUCAGCUCAAAGCUAAGACAGUGGCACUAGAGGAGCUGAACUCUGAAUAUAUCGCUCUAAAGCGAGGACAGGACAGCACAGAAGACGUGGGCACUGCUCUAGUCUCACUCAGAACACAAUACAACAACAUCAGAGCUAAGUAUGACACUCUCUGAAAAAGAGGAGUCCAAAGGAUCUGGACAAUGCUCCUUUAAAGGCCAAGCUUUCUUGCCUGGUUGUGAAGUGUCAGGAGAGGAACAGUUUGUUGGUUCAGAUGAUUAAGACCAUGAACAGACAAGGCUUUGUGGACCCCGUCCUCACGCAGCAGGUUGAGGAACUGCUCAGUGACAUUGUGCUGCAGGACUACUUGCAGCAUUCACUCCAGGAUGUAAGACUCGGGAGAACAGUACUGGAUUUACACCAGGGUUUCUUUUAAAACUUCAAGACUACAGCAGAGGAUUCACGCCUGAUCAGAGCUGCUGCACUAUAUCCCCUCUUUUGAAUCAGCAGGUCCAAAACAUGUGUACAACUGAUUCUGCUGGUAAAUGUAGAGAAAUACAAAAUCCUGAAAUCUCUUCAGUCGCCAAUGAAUCCUCGAAAAAUCACCAAGACUGCAGCAGUGAAGUCAUCUCACCUGCACCUACAGGGACACUUGAGACAGACUCCCCUGUGCAAGAGCAUGCCAGUGUCCAAACAGACACAGAAAAGCUCUGUCCCCCAACCAGUGGACCGAUCCAAAAAACCAGCGCAGCAGAAAUACUAGGAUUUCAUAAACCAGAAAUCAAAGGAAAAUCCUACCUGGACCUUUCCAGGUCGACUGGAUCCUCACUGAGUACUACUGCUCUCUGCAGGACACGAGUCAGUGCGAGCAGGAGGCUGAGCAGUCCAGAAAAGAUCCUUAACCUACAUGAGCAACUGCAGACGACUAUGAAGAGCAGCUAUCAGGGUCAAGUGAGCAGAGGACGCCUACAGCAGCCCAGGAAAUGUCUCUCAUUUCCUCCAGCUGCAGACCUGGGACCGGCCUCUCUGACUGCAAAGCGGAGCAUCAGUUUAAAUCAAACAGACACCAACUCUCUCCCAGUCACCACUGCUUUGAGCAAAGCUAAGUCCACUUCAGCAGUGACAACCACACCUGUUGCUAAGACAACACUUUAUACUGCAGUUACCUCUAGGUCUGCUCAUGUUAAAGUCAAUCCCAACAUGUUUACUCACCAUCACUUCAAAGCAGGAGUAUCUAAAACUACAUCUGCUCUUUCCAGCUCUUUGUUCAUUGACCCUAGCAGAGCUGAAUCUGACUCGAGCAGUUGCUCUAAUACAAAAAUAGAUCCAAAACAGACCAAGACAAAUGCUGCCUUCACGGACAUAUCUGAUGCGAAACAUGCAGCUUCUUCUCCUUUAACUCAGAGGACCACGAUGGUUGACUCUGAUGUCUUAAUCUGUUCUGACACUCAUCCAAGAAACACUGCCUCAGACACAACUGCCCAAAAGGUGAAUCAUUGUAACACACCUCCUCAAACCAAUGGUGCUGCCCCUGACUAUGACGGGCCUGUAUUUCCUGCCUCCCGACUCAGUCAGCUCCUUGCUUUCCUGUGAGAACCAUCAAGUGUACCGCGAAGUCCGCUGCUGCUCCUGAAAAGACAGAGACGACAAGGCUGGAACCAGGAGUUCCAGCCAAGGUUUGCUCUGUUGAGGUAAUCAAGACAGUGGGCCAGAGCAGCCUCCUGAUUGGCUGGGAGAGGCCAACGCUAGACGAGCUUGGCUGUAGUAACGGCACGUUUGUGUACGGAUACCGGGUGUUGGUCGAUGGAGACUUCCACAAAUCUGUCAUGAGCUCAGCUUGCACCAAGUGUAUUCUGGAAAAUGUCAACCUGAGUCUCCCGGUCCAGAUCAGUGUCCAGACGCUGGGCUCUAAUGGUCUCAGAUCAAACAGUGUCCACACCUUGUACAGUACUUCAGGCAGAACACACCAUAACAGCCUGACUAGAUUAAAAAGGAUGGCAAAAACCAACAUCUGAAGGAUAAUGGAAACCUCUUAGUGAAAACAUGAAUUUUCUGUGACAAGGCCCGAAUGCCCUCUUAGGAGCGUCCUGACCUCCAGCUCAGAAGACAGCGAGCGAGACACCGUCACACGGCUUGGUCAACCUCAGGUUGAGGUCAACUAAUCAGAAAAACUCAUUUCACAUUGUAAUGUUUAGCCUAUAAACAUGAAGUGACCUGUGGCCAUGCAAACCUCACCACGGUUUACUGAAGAUGUCAAACAAAACACCAAGCAGAUAAUCUGCAUGUACGAGCAGGUGAUGAUUACCUUGUUGGAAGAAGUUUCUGUUUCAGAGUCCUGGACACGCCCCUUUAAAGGAUUGGACGACAUGUUUACAAGAGGAACCGCCAAUUAUACAAAUCCUGACAAACUGAUGGAAGAGUUACUUUACCGCAAACUGAAGACAAGAUCAAUCAUGCUGUCAAAAUCUGCCUGUGACUCUAACUUUUCAUAACUGUUGAUAACAUCACAGGACUGAAAACUUUGGAAGUCUUUCCCUGCUGCACAUUUGAACACUGUGUUAACUAGGAGGUCCUGUUUGUACCGCUCCAUCUGCCUCUCUGGACUCUGUGACUUGAACGAUUGACUAAAAAGACGUUCACUUUAUGAAAAGCCUUUUUUUUAAAGAAACAUACACUGUUUGAGAUGUCGACGCAACAUUUGUACUCAAAGGUCAUUGUACUUGAGUUUGACUCUACAUGAAGCCAAAUAUGGAAAAAGUUGAUUCUCUCCAAAGACUUACUCUGCAUAAGACUACGGGAUUACUUUACACACAGAAACCAGGUGUUAUUUACGUUCUGCAAUUUGCACACAGUCAUUAUGAAUAUCUAGAAGAUUACAUUAAUAUCACGGAUAUUUUUUUGUAGAGAUAAUUAUGAAAAAUAUGCCAAUAUACUACAUUCUGUGCGCCUUUUUGUAUGAGAGACACUUUGUUUUAAAUAACUGAUAGAUGUUAUGCACGCUCACGUUUUUGUUUUGUUUUAUACGAUGUUAUAAACUCCUGAGAUUCUUCUGCUACUUAAUGUACUGUAUGUGCGAAUGCAAAGUGAUCAUGGUGCAGCAAAAGUAUUUUUCUAACCCUAAAGAAAAUAUUGAUUUCCCAUUGAUUCCUAAAGACUGUACAGAGAAUAAAUGUUUAUAUGAUAUAAUAUACA